AUGGAUAUUUCAAAUAACCAAAGUUCUGGAAAUGACAACAUGACUCCUAAUACUGGAUCUUCAAAUCCUCCUACCGAAACCUCCACACCCACAUCCUCAUUACGUGCCAAAACUGAUCCAGCAUGGGCACAUAUUGCGUACAAAAAAGAAGGAACACAGAAUAUAUAUACGUGUCUUUUUUGUACUAAUAGUUAUAGAGGAGGUGGAAUAAAUAGGAUGAAGCAACAUCUUGCUGGCACUGUUGGUCAAAUAGCUGCUUGUAAAAAAGUUCCACAUGAUGUACGUUAUAGAAUGGCAGAGUCUUUAAAAGAAGGGUCAAAGAAGAAAACUAUUGAAAACAUAGAAGAGGAAGUCGAAGAAACUCAUGUUGAAUCACCAAAUGUCACAAGUAGUGUGAGGAAGAGGAAAGCUUCUGGUAGCAUAGACAAUUUUUUUGCUCCUAGGACAACUCCUGAUUCCCAACCUGGCAUUAAGAGUGCAUUAGCAACUAAAGAAGCAAAGCAUAAUGUGAAAAUGUUGAUUGCUGAAUGGGCUAUUGUAAACUGCAUUCCGUUUAAGGCGUUUGAUUGUCCUUUAUUUCAAAAGGCUGUGGAUGGCAUUGCUUCAAUAGGGCCUGGGUUUAAAGCUCCUAGUGCUUAUGAUUUUAAAACUAACUUGUUGAGUGACUGGAGAAAAGAAUGUCAGUUACUCAUUGAUAGCCAUCGUGCUAAAUGGAAAAACAAUGGUUGCACACUCAUGGCUGAUGGAUGGACUGAUGUUAGACAGCGUACCUUGAUAAACUUCUUAGUGUAUUCUACACAUGGUAUGGUAUUUGUGAAGUCUGUUGAUGCAUCAGAUCUAGUUAAAGAUGCCAAAACUCUAUUCACACUAUUUUCUGAAGUCAUUGAGUGGAUUGGUCCUAAAAAUAUUGUUCAUGUGGUGACUGACAAUGCAGCUAACUAUGUAGCAUGUGGUAGAUUGAUUAAAGAGAAGUAUAAAAGUAUUUAUUGGUCACCUUGUGCUGCACAUUGUUUGAAUCUUGUAUUGAAAGACUUUUCAAGCAUGCCUCAUGUGUCAGACCUCGCAUCAAAGGCAUCAAAGAUAACUGUAUUUGCAUAUAAUCAUAUGGUUUUCUUAUCGUGGUUGAGGAGAAGACCAACUUGGAAAGAAAUUGUGCGUCCUGGUGCCACGAGGUUUGCUACCACAUUUAUUACAUUGCACAGCAUAUAUAUGCACAAGAAUGACUUGCAAGCUUUAGUUGUUGAUAAACACUUUGUGGACCACAAAUUAUCAAGGACUGAAGCAGGAAAAAAUUUUAGUGCAAUCAUAUUGGACAAUCGGUUUUGGAAUGAUUGUUAUCAAGUUGUGAAAAUUGUAUCUCCUCUCAUAAAAUUGUUGAGAAUUGUUGAUUCAGAUGAGAAGCCUUCAUUGCCUUAUGUUUAUGAAGGCAUGCGAAGGGCGAAAAUGGCAAUUAAGGAGAUGUUUAAGAACAACAAGGAGCUGUAUAAGCCCUACACAACAAUCAUUCAAACUCAAUGGGACAAGCAUUUAAAGACCAAUCUUCAUGCAGCAUCAUAUUUGCUGAAUCCUGCAAUCACAUAUGCUCCAGACUGCUCUAUCAAGUCAAAGUUAAUGAUGGCUUUAAUUGAUGUGGUGGAGUCUUACUCAAACGAAGAGGUUGAUGGCUUCUUGGUAAUGAAACAAGCAACUACUUAUCGUGAAGCCAAAGAAUCUUUCAGUAGACCAUCAUGUCAAAAAGCAGCACAGAAACUUGACCCUUUGCCAGAAUUGCAACGUGUUGCAAUGCGCAUUCUUAGUCAAACUUCUUCUUCUUCUGGCUGUGAAAGGAAUUGGAGUUUAUUUGAACGCAUUCAUACAAAAAGAAGAAAUAGACUGGAGCACAAAAGGCUAAAUGAUUUAGUUUUCACAAACUAUAACUUGCGAUUAAAGUAUAGGAGUACAUUGAAGAAGCAGAAGGCAAGCUAUGAUCCUAUUGACUUUGAAAACAUUGAUUUGGUGGACUUUUGGGUGACCGAAGAAGAUCCUGUUCCAGAGUUUGAUGAUGGAGAUGUGGCAACAUUUGAAAGUGUUGUCAACAAUGAAGAUAUUUCAAAUUUGACAACUCCUGGGAGGGAUAAUGAAGGUGCUGAUGAUGAUAUGAAUAUUGUUGAACCUCCACCUCUGCAAGAUGAUGUUGCUACUCCUUCUAAUUUUCCUCUUCCAACUAUUGAUGUCUCAAUUCCUGACCCUGCCAAUGAAUUUAAUGAUGAUUUUGAUUUUCUGUAA